AGUCAUUUCACACACAGAGGGGUAAGAACCAGAAACGUCACUUCCUCUCCAAUGUGUCCACAUUGGUACGUGGUUAAAAACAGCUUGGACGCCACGUACACAUUAUGAAAAGAUAGGUCUUUUUAAGAAAAGUCUUCCCAGGUCGCAGACCCAUCGUCAUUUUAGCGUGUGUCUUUCUGAAUCGCCGAAAGGAGCAGCAUAUUUUUCGUCUGAACAAGGGGUGGAGACAGAAGUUUCCAACUUGAUCUGCAGAGGUUUAGAGAAGCAAACUUGUAACACACUGGAUCUGCUUCUGGCAAGUUAUAGUUUCCCAAGUCGAAGUUUUCUCCGCUUGGUUAACAUGUUUUCUUCGUAAAGGUGACUACAUAAUAGAGUUAAAAUGAGUGAAAACAAUCAGCAACGGGAUGAGUUGCCUGCAUACAUGAAGGAUGAGCCUCCAGCAGAUACCAACAAAGACCAUCCUCAACCCCAGCCUGGCAUAUUCUCCAGGGUGGCCGGUGGUCUGUUCAGUGUCACAAAGGGAGCCGUCGGGGCCACAGUGGGUGGAGUCGCCUGGGUUGGAGGGAAAAGCUUUGAUCUCACGAAAACUGCUGUUACUUCAGUUGCAGCUGUUCCAGCGAUGGGAGUGGGGCUCGUGAAGGGCAGUGUGUCUGCCGUGGCUGGUGGUGUGACCGCUGUCGGCUCCGCCGUCGCCAGUAAAGUCCCCAUUGGCGGAGGCAAGAAGAAGGAUAAGUCUGAUUGAAUCAUGUGGCUCAAAGGUACUUUUGUCAGAAGCGUCUGCACCAUGUCUUCUUAGACUCCAGAGUGAGUUGAUUGUGGAGAUCAUGCUUGUGUUAAGAGCAUAUUUGGACCAUAUCCGUCUGCCUGACCGGACCAACAAGACGACUUUCACAAGCUGGGUCCUCCACGCAAGAACCUUUGUUUUUGUGUUCUAUUGGAAUAUGACAUUAAGUCAAAUUAUGUAUGAAGUAUUAAAUAUCUGACUAGAGUUGGAUACGUGGACCUCUAAAUGUUCCGUUUAUGCUUUACUGAGCACACAAAGACACACACUUGUGCCUCACUGUACACACAAAGAAUCACAUGUUUUAUACACACCUUACAGUGGAGUUGCUCCAAGCCAGUUGUAGGGAUGAAGAUCAAUCAAGUGUUCUUUUAGGUGCUGAGGGGGGAAAUCUCAGACUGUGCGGUGCUCCAUCCAUCUGAUUGAUUGUUUGUGAGAUUACUUGCUUUGUGCCUCUGUGGUCCAUGCUGAACUCCAGCGAUCGCUCUCUGUGUCCCCCUGAAAAACAGAGAAACCACAAUCCCGCACACACACACACAUAUAUAUAUAUAUAUACUCACACAUUAAGGGCUGGUGUGUUUAGAGUUUGCCAAAUAACUCAAAUUACAAUUGUGAGCCAUAAAUCUGAUUGCUGAUAGUACUGCAUUUGAUUUUUUGUUUGUUUGUUUGUUUUAGGGAAACAUGCAUGAUUAUAUCCAUCAAAACGCAAGUCUUUCUGUUUUGAUGACUAUAGCUAUAGUCCAAUACCCAAUGACAUUUUCUUUUCUGUAAGUCAUUCUAUCUGUGCUUUUGCUUCUUUGUUCGGUUUGCUCUUUUAAAUCUUUGAUGUGAAUUUUUUUUGUUUUGUUUUGUUUUAUGGGCCAACAAAGAACCACAUAAGGUGGCAAAGUGUAAUACAGUAUUUUCUUCUGUCAAAUAUUUGUGUUUCCUUUACCAAAGAUUAAGAUUGGAAAAAGAGUUUUUUCUUUUUGUUAAUGUUGAUAUGCAGUAUACUUUAUGGUAUUCAGUGUACUCUCUCUUUUUAGAUAGAUAGUUAUCAAAUAUAUGUUAAUGUUGUGUUGUUUUUUGAUUUGAGACAAUCCAUAUUUCAGUGCAUUAAUGUGAAUUCAAAGGACCUAAAUAAAGAGACAUCACAGUUGCUUCCAAUGUUAA